AUGCGAAUCAACAACAGCCCCCUCGCCUUCCUCAGAGGCCGUGCCACCUGGACGUGUCCCCGCUGCAAGAACCUACAGACGCCAUUCGACAAGCCACGGAGGGGUUUCCACUCCCAUCGAAGACCGGCCAAAGUAGUGAGGCCGCGCCAGGCCGUGUAUUGGGCGGCGGCAGGUGGAUCUGCAGGUGCAAGUCUGUUGUUGUUUGGAGAUGAUAUCAAGCAUGGCUGGCUCGCCGCAGAGAGGACCGGAAGGGUGAUUUCUACGCUGGCGGUGUGUAUAAAUGACUACCGUGUCACACUCAACGAACAGCACGAGGACCCCGAAGAGCGCACCAAAAGUCUCAAAGCUUGCCACAAACGAUGCGCCGACCGAACGCUGAAGGCCAUGGAGGCAAAUGGUUCGAUAUUCAUAAAGCUUGGCCAACACAUCUCGUCAAUGGGAUAUCUGCUGCCUACCGAAUAUACCGAGACCUUCGUCCCGCUGCAGGACAAAUGCCCCGUCUCAUCCUACGAGUCGAUUGAAGAGAUGUACCUGAGAGACACGGGUCGCCGAAUAGAGGACCACUUUGACGACUUCUCGAGAGAACCAAUUGGUGCCGCCUCAUUGGCGCAGGUGCACCUGGCCAUAUUGAAGGACACCGGUCAGACGGUGGCGGUCAAGGUGCAACACCCCAGUCUCGAAGAAUGGGUGCCCCUGGAUCUGGCCUUGACGAGAUUCACCUUCCGCACGUUGAAGAGAGCGUUUCCCGACUACGAUCUGGAAUGGUUGAGUAAUGAGAUGGACUUCUCCCUGCCGCAAGAGUUGGAUUUUAGGCUCGAGGGACAAAAUGCGAUGUACGCGAAGCAGUAUUUCCAACGAAAUACCCGGUUUCCCCUCGUUAUCCCUGAGGUGAUAUCGGCCAACAAAAGAAUUCUGGUCAUGGAAUAUGUCAUGGGAGCAAGGGUGGAUAAUUUACCCUACUUCAAAGAGCACAACAUCUCGCGGGCCGAAGUGUCGGCGACGCUAGCGAGGAUCUUCAAUGUCAUGAUCUUUUCGAGAGGCGCGCCGUUGCAUUGCGAUCCGCACGCCGGCAAUAUUGCAAUCCGCCACAAUCCCAAGAGGAGGUAUCCUUAUAAUUUCGACGUCAUUCUCUAUGACCACGGCUUAUAUCGAAUGCCAGAUGACAAGUUGAGAAGGGACUAUGCAAAGCUUUGGCUUGCUGUGAUCGAUGCGGAUGAGGAGAAAAUGCGGAAAUACGCCUACGAGGUCGCCGGGAUCGGCGACAAAGAAUUUCCCUUGUUCGCCUCCGCCAUCACAGGCCGUGAUUACCGGGUCCUGACUCGCAAGGAGAUCACCACUUCGAUGCGAGAUGACCUUGAAAAGGAAGCCAUCGGCGAGGUCUUUGGGGAAGAUCUGCUUGCGCAACUUGUUCAACUUCUGGGUCAUGUGCCUCGCAUUAUCCUUCUGAUACUGAAGACCAACGACCUCACAAGGAGUCUGGAUGAGGCACUGGGUUCGAUCCAGCCGAUGAGGCCAAUGCUCAUUUUGGCCAAGUACGCGAGUUGGACUGUCUGGCAGGAUGAAAAGGACAUGAUUCGGCGGAGGGGUAGUUUCUUCCGUCCGCACAAUUUUUGGAGGCUUUUACGUGCAUGGUUGAACUUCAUGAGGGUCGAGCUGAAGUUGUUCGGGUAUGAGCGGUACUUGUCUCUACGGCGACACUUGGGUCUAGAUGAGUGA